AGUAGGAGAAGUCGCGUCAUUUUAGUGUUCAAGUUUCUCACGAAGAAGACAAAGAGACGUCACUUCCGGGGUUCAAAAGCUUGGUAGCAACGAACGCCGCUUCCCUGGCCACCAAAGAACUUGUUUUGUACAAGAAUGGGAUCCCCAACAAAAGAUGCUACACCACACAGAACCAAAAAUCGUACUCCUGGUCGAGAACCUGACUCCCCACUCCCCCCAAUCCAUGAGCGGCUGGCGUACCUGCGUCCCUCCAGGGAGCUCCUUGAGUUCUACAGAGGGAAGAUUGCUCAAUUUGACGGAGAACACGAAGAAUUGCUUCAGAUGUUGGAGAAGUACAGAGGCAUCACAGAGGACCAGCAUAAGCUACAGUGGGAGGUGCGACAACGUGAAGGAGAAAUUUCAGAAUUGCAAAAUGCCCUGAGUGACAUGCAGGUCUUCCUUUUCCAAGAGAGAGAACAGUCUCUGCGGCUCUAUGCAGAAAACGAUAGACUAAAGAUCAGAGAGUUGGAGGACAGAAAGAAAAUCCAGCACCUUCUUGCCCUGGUUGGUCCUGAUGCAGGAGAGAUCACGUAUUUUCACCGGGAGCCCCCUCACAAGGUCACCAUCACUCAGAGGAAUGCUGAGUCAAGAUUGGAUGAAAAUCUAAAUCUCAGACCGACAAAGUUAAGACCUGCUGCAACCAGGAAAGAGGGCAGCAGGAGAACAAAAUCAGCAGAUGGGGUUAAUGGUGAGAGCCUGGAACAAUACAAGAGUGAUAACCAGACAUUGUUACUACAGGUGGAGGCUCUGCAGGCUCAAAUGGGAGAACAAACCCGCCUGGCAAAAGAGCAAGUGGAGUCUCUGCUGGAGGAUCGACGGAUCAAAACAGAGGAGGCCCAGGCACAACAACAGGGAGAUAAAGAGAGAAUUGCAGCUCUGAAUGACAAGCUACAGCGAACCCAGAACCUGUUGCAUGAAAGCACCAAAGAUUUCUUACAACAGAAGUUUGAAACACGGGCUCAUGAGAAGAGCUGGAUGGUGGAGAAAGACCGGCUGCUGAGGGAGCUUGACUCAUGCCAUAACCGUAUGAGGAAGGGAGGGUCUGCUGCUGGUGCAGAGAUGGGGCGAACGCUGCAUCCCAGCAGCAGCACAGCCAUUUUACUCUCCCGGCCUCAGCCAGAGUCACAGCAGACACACAAAGAGCAGAUUAAGGCACAGCAGGAGGAUCUAAAGCAAGCUCACCGUCUUGCCGAGAUGUACAGGGAGCAGUGUAUUACACUGGAGACAGAGCUGUCCCAAAUCAGAGAGGAAGGAGAUGUUGGCAGAGAAAUAUUUAAGGAGCGUUCAGACAAAAUAGCCAAGCGUCUCCAGCUUAUGACUCAGCGGUAUGAAGCCCUGGAGAAGAGAAGGGCCAUGGAGGUGGAGGGCUUCAAGACAGACCUGAAGCACCUCAGACAGAAAUUCAAAGAUGUUGAGAAACAGCUCCUCAAGGUUACUCUAAAUGUGGGGCCCAAUCAGGAUUUAGCCAUUCUGCAUGAGGUCCGUCAGACCAACACAAGGACAAAGAAGGUUCAGAGUGAGCUGAUGACGCUGAAGGCAAAGAUUUAUGGACUGGAAAAUGAGCUCAGAUUUAGCUGAGGAACUGACUGAGAUGCUCUGUCCUCCUGUAGUGGAGAAUCCCCAGUGUGUGAGGUGAAUCGUUUGAUUUAUGUAUGUCUGCGCUAUGUGUUUAUUGCUAGUUUCAAAGGAAAUGUCUGUUUUGUACUUAUGACCAAUAAAGAUGUAUUGCUACAUUGUUUUUAAA